AUGUUCCAGCCCCUCGCAACGCCCUCCCACGCACUUCAGUCUUCCUCAACCAAGUCUUCCUCCCAAUGGACCGUGACAUAUCCGACACUCGUAGCUCCAAGGCCACUGCGCCCAUCCCAUGCCCACUACCACCCCUAUAGCCCUGCCCAGGUCGCCCGCUCCGGCUCGGCCCGACACACACGUGUUCCACCCAGGCUUCGAGUAGUGCCCUCCCCCGCAGAGGCACUUGCACGCAUCUCUCUCGUUGACCAGCCCACUCCGCCCCCAGAUGUCCCAGAUGAAUCCCAAAACACAAUAUCCACGCUCUCGUCCGAGACACUAGAGGAGUUUUUGAGGAUCCUACAAAAGGGUACCCACCCUGCUUCACCUGUACAGAUAUCCGAAACAGAGCCAGAGCCAGAGCCAGAGAAUUGUGUAACUUUAUCCCAAGAUGACGUCGCAUCCGUCUCCUCGGCCGGCCUUGAGUCUGAGCACAAUCCAUUGGCAUCCGCUCCUGCAGUAUGGGAUACCCAUGCUCGAGAGAUGUCCAAUACGCCGGAUGUUGCUGAACCUCAGGUUCCCAUGACCGCACCCAUUGCCCCAUCCCGAUCGGGCCGGACCAGCUCGUGUGUGGUUCGCAAGCGCACCCGCACAAGGUCCCAGUCGCCUGCUCGCCAUGACCGUUGGUCUCAUCCAUACAGGAGAGAAACCGGUUCGGGUGACAAAUCCAGCAAACACAGUCGUGGAAGUAGCAUUAGUCUUGAAGAGCCGCCCAGUCUGAUUCGCCCUUCUCCCCGGCGAUGGGCCUCCAAGCGAGUCUCGGCAUCAUCAUCUUCGGUUUUUAGCGAAACUGAUGUGUCUGAACCUGCCGAUCUGGGCUCCAGCCAAAACGAGGACGUCGACGUCGAACUAGCAUCCAAUCGUGGCGAUGUCGAUGAUGAAGAACUCCUGACUCGCUCGGCCGACACAGAGUUUGGUUCGUCCACGUGCGAUGAUGGCCCCAAACGAGCUUCCGUUCGUAGCCGGAUGGUCUGCACUCCAGCAUCUCCUAUCAGCAGGAGGCAUACAUCCAACCCCCUUGCCCACUACAGCCCCAUGCUCUUCGAGACCCUCGCAGCCCGGGCCCGUGCCAAUGCCUUCUCGCCAUCCCAUUCGAGGUCCCCCAGUCCCGAACCUGUCCCACAUAUAUCCGAUCCACUAGAUGAAGACGAGGAAGAUGUCGAUGCGGACGACUAUCAGCCCGCGUCUGUGAUCCGCAUGGAAAUGCCUCGCUCUUCCUCUCCUUGA